AGUUUGACAAUCACUUCCGCCUGUUUUUCUUCGCAAGUCUUUGUGUUAAAGGUUGUAGCCAAAAGGAAAAAAAGGGGUUUAUGUGCUAUAAAGUGUUUUGUUCUCUGGUGAAUAAGAAGCUCGUGUAAAUAAAGCUGAUGGAGGGCAGUAAUGGGAGCAGCUCGAAGUGGGCGAUGGAGCGGCGGAUGGAGGGGCUGGUGAACAAACACAUGGCAGACAUGGCACUGGAGACACUUCAGCAGCGACUCUCGGCCGUGUCCCAAGAAAUGAACCAUUUGUCUGCUGAAAUAUCCAGACGGGAAGACUCUAAGAGGGUUCAGGAUUUCCCGCGGCGGACUGAGCCGCACUUCCUUGUCGGCUCCUUCCCGGAGUCUUCUAACGAAGAGCCAGUAGACGAGAAAAAGUUGAUGGCAAACACAUCCUCAUCCUCAGCAGAAACUGCGUCUCAAAGAAAAAUCAUCUCACUCCUGCUGGAGAUAAAAGAAGAACAACAGAGGCAGUGGGCUGUACUGAAAGACCUUCAAGUAAUGAUUCAAGGACACAUGUGUGAGGAGGAUGUUGAAACUCUGGAAAUAGAUCUCCCGCUACAGACAAUGGAACAGCUUGAUGAAACAGAGAGAUAUUUGGAGAACGAUGGAGCACAGAAAAGAAUGGUGUCUCACCUCUCCCGGAUGGGUGGUGCAACAGUGGAUGAUGCAGUUAGACGUUUGAUGCAGGCAGUUUUGUCUUUUAGCGUUGGUUCCGAGCUGAACUGGGUUGGUCGAGGACAAAAAAGAAGCUUUAGAAAUACCAGACUACAGGGAGUUUUGUUUCGAGCGUUAAAGAAGACCCCUGUAGGAAAGGAGGCCACACACCACCAGUUUGCAGACGUAGUAAAGAAGUGGCUACGAUUUGCUCCAUUCAGACAAGGAGGCAGUGGGCGGAGACAGCAUUACAAACCUCCUGUAGAAUUCAUGUGUCCUAAUUAUAAUACUGAUACAGAAGGGUGACAAUAGUGUCUUAUCUUGUUUUCAAACACAUUUCAAAAAGUAAUAUUUCAAUAAAAAAAACACAUUUUGUUUUACUGUGAA